AGGGGUGGGCAACCUUUUUGUAUCGAGGGCCGCAUUUAAACAAUUUUGGGAAUCGGGGGCUGAAUAUAUGUAUUUAAGUAUAUAUACAUGUAUAUGUACUUACAACUUGAAAAAUACACUAGCUAACUCUAAAAUGUCUUUUAAUUCAUAUUUAUACUGUAUUAUACAUUCACUUUUAAUUUUUCACACUCCCAAUUGAGUAAUUACAACAAGAGUUAACAAUUUCUAAAACCAAUGUUAAGUUUACUGUUUACACUCGUGCGUAAUGUUCCAGAACUGUGAAACUAGCUUACUAGUUGUUAUCCUUGUGACUGCUGUCAAAUUACAGCAAAAGUAUUGACUGGAACUUCUCUUUCAUGUCAUAAUGUGCAUGGAGCUAUGUUCUCUGGAGCUGAAUCAGCUUCUGCGCCAAAUGAUAAAGAUUUUUACCAAUGGCAACAUCUUCCAAUUUAUCAAGAGUAACAUUUUUUUAUGAAACUUUGUUCAGCCUUUCCAAACAUUGUAAGAGGAAAUAUGUAUGUCAGAAUGUUAGGAACUUUUCAAGCAUUCGAUACACAUUGCCUUAUCAAGCUGGAAUAUCGAUACAAGAGUGCAAUGUCAAAAGCAAUAGCAAAUGUUCUGUAUUAUUUCAACCAUAUCUCAUUCAGCGUUGGUCUUCUACUCGAAUUCAAGAUGAUACCAGUCUGCCAAUUUUUUUAAAAGCAGAAAAACAUUUGAGCAACACUGCAGUUGUUGAUACAGAAGGCUCUCUCUCCUAUGCAGACAUCUUACAUCACAGUAUGUGUUUGGCUGUCAACAUUGUAGAAACUUAUGGUGCUAAGGACAUGAAAAUAAAUGGGGAGAGAAUAGGGCUGCUGACAGAUAACAAUGCCACUUAUGUCAUUGGACUGUAUGCUUCAUGGAUCUGCAAUGGCAUUGCAGUACCGCUGUGUUUUUCUCACCCAGUUUCAGAAUGGGAGUAUUUCCUCAAGAACUCUGAAUGCUCUCUACUUCUUGUAUCGGACACUUUUGCUGAAAAGAUUUCACCUCUUGCAAAUCAAUUAGGGAUAAAAUUUCUUGUCUUGUCAAGAAAAAACCUUACCAGGGAUUAUGAGAAAAAUAGAUGGUUUCAACCUGAUCAGGCUUCAAACCCAAAAAAAGUAAAAAGAAUGUAUGAAACAAGAAAGCAAAGAUGGUUUGAUCGUUCAGAAGAGCUUGUUAUGAAGAAACCUGCCUUAAUUAUCUAUACUAGUGGGACCACUGGACGCCCAAAGGGUGUUAUUUUAACUCAUGGAAAUCUAUCAGCUUGUGUGUCUGGUUUGAUUAAAAGCUGGGGGUGGACAUCUAAAGAUACAAUUCUCCAUAUAUUACCUCUGUAUCAUCUUCAUGGGAUAGCCAAUGUUUUGCUCACCCCAUUAGCUUGUGGUGCUACAUGUGUCAUAGAGCCAAAGUUUGAUGCAGGGAGAGUCUGGCAUAUGCUGACGUCACCUAGUAUACCACAUGUAGACAAACAUAUAAAUCUAUUUAUGGCAGUUCCUACAAUAUAUGCCAAACUUUUAGAGUAUUAUGAAAAUCACCUUGUCAAACCAAGAGUCAGCAUUAAUUCUGAUUUUAUUUUGACCACCUUGUCCAAUAAGAUCAGGCUUAUGGUUAGUGGGUCAUCAUCUUUGCCUCAGCCUAUCAGUGACAAGUGGGAAAAAGUAACUGGACAUCGCUUAUUAGAGAGGUAUGGAAUGUCUGAAGUAUGCAUGGCGCUCUCUUGCCCUCUUAGUGGACCAAGGAUCCCAGGCUCUGUUGGUACACCUUUGCCUAAUGUAGAAGUGCGCAUUGUAAAACCCAACGUGUAUUCAUCAACUGGCUAUGACAUCAUUGUACAAGGAAACUCCCAGCAUUCUAUUGUACAUCAAGAGAAUGAGCCUGGAGAUUUGCAUGUGCGAGGACCUUCAGUGUGCUUAGGAUACUGGAAAAAUCCUGAGGCGACUACAGAAGCAUUUACCAAAGAUGGAUGGUUCAAGACUGGUGAUACAGCUAAAUAUCUCAAUGGUGUCUACUACAUUGUUGGUCGAACCUCUGUGGAUGUCAUCAAGAGUGGAGGCUACAAGAUAAGUGCCUUGGAAAUCGAACGUCACUUGUUGGCCCAUCCUGAUGUAGCUGAGUGUGCAGUUGUGGGGCUUCCAGAUUUAACAUGGGGCCAGAAGGUGGCUGCCAUAUUGGUUUCCAAGCCUGGAAGAAAGACUCUGGAUUUACCCACUGUAAGACAAUGGGUCAGCUCCUACUUACCACCAUAUCAGUUACCAAGUGUUGUGAAAUGGAUAGAGUCUAUACCUAGAAAUUCUUUAGGGAAAGUCAACAAAAAGGAACUUGUGAAUCUAGUCUUUCCAGAGCUUGCUAAUAAAAAAUGGUAAUAGUGAAGGAGCCAAUAUUUAUUCAAUAAUUUUUUAUUGUUAAUGAUAUAGGAUUUUAUUAUUUUUUUGCCUCAAAUGUUAAACUGUGAUAAAGCUAUGUUUAAUUUAGUAAUUUGUUAUAAAUAACUUUUACUGCCUAAGUCCUCAACUUGAAUUUUAGCUGCAUCAGCUAAUGCCCAGAGCUCCGCUGCCCUGUUUCAUUCUAAACCUAAAUUUUGUGUAUCAGCUUUUAAGAAUUUGUUGUAUACUUAGUGUUAUAGAAUAAAAAUAUAUUAAAAUGUGUCUUACUCUAUGAAAUGUAAAGAAACAUCAAUGUACAAGUAAAUUUGAACAAGAAACAGCAACACUAAUUUUAAUGUUAAUAAAUGUUUUUACACUAGACAAUUAGAGCCUGAGAGAGAAAAAUCAAGUAAUGUUCUCAUAUUUUUUAUUUUUGUUUUAAACCCUUAAAGAAAAGAAAAAUAUUUUACAUGUCUCUUGAAUAUUCAGAAAUUUUUUAUUUUUUUUUUUAAUUUGUAAAUCAGAACUGUAUUUUACUACAGAAUUGUACUAUGGUCAAACUUUAUUUUAAUAAUAAUAAUAAUAAUCUUUAUUACCUGU